UGCACUCUGAAUCCUCCCUGAGCUCACACAGGAGGACGAGAAGAAGAAGCAGCGGAGGAAAAAACUACUGGACAUUUUUUCACAGAAUGGCUCCUGUGCACGGGACUUUGAGCAGGAACAUGGAGAGGUCAGAGCACGAUAUGAAGGGAAAGUGCAAGAGGAAGAGGAGGAGGAGGUGCAAAGGCAAAGGGCGGAGCGACAUGUUAGUGACCGUCAACAGCAUCAAAAACCACUGGGAGACCACAGCAUCGUCAGCCGAGGAUGCAGACGCCUCAAGCAUGUGCAGUUUGGAGGUGAAAGAGAACCAGGUUGAUACGCGACCUCUUGACCGCGACCUUCUGCGGAAAUAUCAUCCAUCUGAGUUUUGCUCAACUCUACCAGCAUGCGAACCCCGAGCUCUUAAAAGGAAGCAGCCGCUGGGGAAUGGAAAAGACCGACUGCUUUACCGAAGCCACCCGGCGUGUAAAAGAGCAGCGUGGGCUGUCACUCAUAAGAACGCGCUGGUGCAGCUGAACGAGCUACGACCCGGUCUGCGGUAUGAGAUCGUGUCAAAGAGUGGCCCGCUGCAUGCGCCCGUGUUUUCCGUGGGUGUGGAAGUGAAUGGAUUCCAGUUUGAAGGCGUAGGACGGACCAAAAAGCAGGCAAAGAUGAGGGCUGCAGAACUCGCUCUGCGGUCAUUCAUUCAGUUCCCAAACGCCUCCCAGGCGCACGCCACUAUGGGGAACUUAACCAGCGCUCGUACGGAUUUUACAGCAGAUAAACUGGACUUCCCCGACUCUUUACUCAAAGAGUUCGAGCCAUCGCUGCGAGAAAAUGGCGACCUCAUGCACUGCAACACAGCCAAAAAGGCAGUUUUCUCCAGUAUUUACGACCGCAGACGACUCGUCCGACUCACACUGGACUUGGUCUCUUCCACAAGUCCAAAAAGACCAGCACUCACCACCUCACUUUUUAAACACCUCAGCCCUGUGCUGCUGCUAAACGAACUGCGACCAGGACUCAGGUACAUGUGCCUGACAGAGAGAGUUCACGGCAGGCCAAUGAGGAGCUUUGUCAUGGUGGUUAGGGUGGAGGGGAAAGUGUUUGAAGGGUGUGGUCACAGUAAGAGGCAGGCCAAGGCCCAGGCAGCAGCAGCCGCCCUACAGGACAUGUACAACAUUUGUCCAGGACCGGAGAGGAGGAUCAUGGGUAUUCAGGGAAGCAGAGCCAAAAAUCAGCUACCUCAGUUUUUUGCAGAGUCGAUCUCCAACCUGGUGAGAGAGAAAUACACCGAGCUGACGGACAGUUGUCCCUCUACCUCGCAUGCCCGUCACAAGGCGCUGGCAGGAAUCGUAAUGACCCGAGGGUUUGACCUCAGAUCCGCACGGGUUGUGUCUCUGGCCACAGGGACAAAGUGUUUGGACUCGGACAAUGUGAGUGACCACGGUGGGACGCUCAGAGACUGCCACGCCGAAGCUGUCAGCAGGAGGGCGCUGGUUCGAUUCCUGUAUGCUCAGCUGGAGCUUCUGCUCUGUAAGCGAGCAGAUUGUGCGGAACAAUCCAUCUUUGUGCCCAAUAAAGCCGGCAGUGACUGUGGCGGCGGCGGCAGCGGCUUCAGAUUACAAGAUGGCGUCCUCUUCCACAUGUACGUCAGCUCGUCGCCGUGCGGAGACGCUCGGCUCAACUGCCCCUACGAGACCACAGCUGCAUUUCGCAGCCGGAGAUUUCGCUGUCACCUCAGGGUGAAGGUGGACGGAGGCGAGGGGACGCUGCCUUUUACAGCACGAAGAGCCAAUCAGAAAAGGGAUGGUGCGGCACUGGGCAAACCUUUCGUCACCAUGUCAUGCACGGACAAGAUGGCAAAGUGGAGUGUUUUGGGCCUCCAAGGGGCUCUCUUGUCUCACCUGGUGGAGCCAGUAUACCUGCACAGCCUGACGGUGGGGACACUCAGCCACACAGGUCACCUGUGCCGGGCCAUGACACGACGCCUCGCACCUGUCAAGCACCUACCGUUCCCUUACAGAAGACAGCAGCUGCUGCUAGGCUGUCUGAGCAGCAGGGAUGUGCAGCCGGCGGGGAAAGCGCCGAAUGUCAGUGUGAACUGGAGCUGUGGCGAUGAAGCCUUGGAGGAGAUUAGCACUUCCACAGGAAGGAAAAGGGACUCAGGGACGCCGUCACGGCUCUGCAGGCGCUCCAUGUUCGCCCGCUGGCAGAGGCUGCAGCAGCAGUUGAAUGGACAGAUAUUGGGCGCAGAAGCCACUUCGGGGACAUACUCUGGUUCCAAGAUGGCUGCAGGACAAUACCAAAGGGCGAUGCAGCAGUUCAACAGCGCUUUGCAGAGUGGAGGGCUGGGAACUUGGCUCAGAAAACCCCAAGAACUUUGCAACUCUGACAACCGAGCAUGAAGACGCGUGUUAAAGGUUAAAGGGUUUGGGAGGAGUUCAUGUAUGUUUUUAUCAGUCAGUAUUCGGCUAAUACAAAGAGUGUGGCACUAUUCAGUGAAGACAGUUGGGAAAUUCACCUUCAUCAAUCUGUGUUUUAUUUGAGAGAAAAAUAAUAUUAUGCAAUUGCACACAAAAGCACACAGAGGAGCAAAUCAAGUUGGGGAAAAACAGGAGUUAACUUUGUUGGUGUUUAACGUUAGUUCAUGCUGCUUGAAAGGCUUUUGCAAGCAUCACUGCAGCUGCUGAGCUAUAAUAAUAAGUAAGCAGUUUAUUGUCUCGUCAUACAAACUGCAAUUAAUGACAGCCUCUUAAUACUUGGCUGAUAUAGAACACUCCUUAGGGCUUUAUUUUCUCCCACCCAGCGAAAACAGAAGUCAAAAUUGACAAACUGGCAGUGAAAUAUCUGCAAAUGAUCACAAAUAUAAUCAGUUUAUUAGAGGGUGGACUGUAACUGCUUUUUAUAAGUUGACAAACGCUAACCAGUGUUCAUCACAAUAUAAAAAAAAAGCUAAUUUAGACUUUUUGAAACAACCUGGUGUGAUUUAAAAGCUAGCAGCUAGGCUAACCAAAUACAAUCGUGGAAAAAGGGAGAGUAAGAUUAAACAUGGCACGACUGUUUUAUCGUCCCGGAGGAAACACAUACGAGACGAGACUGACUCCAUAAAUAAUGGAUGGUGAAAGGUUGCCCUUUUCAACCCACUGUGAAUAGCAUUUGUUACCCAAAGAUUACCCACUAGGACCCAUUCAUCCCAUUAAAUAUUGCUUGUUUAUGUUUGUAUACUUUAAAGGGACCUUCACAAUAAUAACAAUGUAUCAGCCUUAUUGUACAAGUGAGCAGAGUCUAAAAUGUCCCCUCUUUCCUGUGGGGUCCUCACUGUGGUCGUGUUAGAUAUUGGUCCUCACAAGCACCGCAAUACAAGAGCACACACACACACACACACACACACAGAACUCGUUAUUGUCCCUUAAGAGUACAUUGCACUGACUUGUAUCAUUUCCCUGGUGACUUACCUUAACCUCACCUGUAACCACUUUAUCCAAAACUGUACCUCAAACUUCACCAAAAACCAGCUAACACCCCCUAAUAUUAAAUGGUUUAUCCUGAGGGGGCCUGCUUUUGGUUCCUCAAUGGGUGGUGGGUCCCCACAAUGUCUGUGCAAGCAAAUGUAUCUCACCCUUUGUGUGAUUAUCACAACAUACCUGAUGAAUGUGACGCUAAAUCAGUUUCAUUAGUAACAACACUUUCUGAUUUCUAGUUUCUUCUUUUUGUCUGUUUUUUUGUUUCCCUUUGAAAAGUUGUGUUCUCUUGUUUCAGUGACAUAUUCAGUAUUUGAACUCAUAUGUUUAAUUUUGCUGAUGGGUUUUCCAUCUUCAUUUAAUCAGUGUUGUAGACUGCAGGAGUGCAUGAGGCUCAGGGUUGAAUGCUUGCUGCCACCUAGAGGAACAUUCAGUACAUUGCAAGAUAUGGAGCCCAUGAUUUGCUGAAGGGAUAGAUUUUUAUAACUCGUGUUUUUAUUGAGCCUGUGCUUCAUUUGUCCUUUUACCUCUAAAAAACAUUUACUAAUUUAGUCGUUACAAAGUCUUACCGUAUUUCUUCUUGUUUGUCCCUCAUUUAUUUUAAAGAUUUUUUUCUGAGGCAAGGAACGUAACAGAGUACUACUGAAAGUUACUGGUGUUGAAUGCUGUACACUUUUAUUAAUAAGAAUGCAGAAAGGAUUUAGUCUACAUUGGUCCUGACUAUUUUUAUCACUGUGAAUAAAUUAUAUUAUUUG